AUGGGAAAACAGGCGUAUAGCCCUAAGGAGGAAGGGAAACAGAAAACUGGGAUUUUGAAGAAAGGUCAAGACCUCAAGGGGAAGGAAAAGGAAUGGCAGAAAGUUACAAGAAAAGGGGGUCCCAAAGUAACCGUGGAGGAGGGUCACCAAGUUCCUAAUAGUUUAUUGUAUCCUAAUGGCUUAAGUGAAGGAGUUAUUGCGGCUAAUAAAUUCAAUGUGCUAAACGGGGAUCAUUCGGGCAAGGAUGUAGGAGAGGAGGAAAAUGCUGAAAUGGAGAAUCAUAACGGUACUCCAAUAAUUGAAAAUAGCACCACUGGAGGAUUAGAAGCAAAAGAAAAAGAGGACUUGUCCCUCUCAACGUCUAAUCAUGAAGGAAUUCAAGGAGUAGGAGUGGAAAAUGAAAUGUCUUCAAAUGCAGGAAGUCCAUCACGGAGCUUUGAGGGCAUGAAGGUCUACGAGGUUAUCGGCACUCCCUCUCAAACUCAGGGGACAGGGCCUGAUGAGGUGCAGCAAACG